AUGAGUCGUAGUAGUGAUGGCUCCCCACUGCGGCAACGCCGGGAGAUGAUGUUGAGUCCGAAUGCAGAAGAAUUGGCCAUGCGGAAUGCGGGAUUAGAGAUUGGCAGAACUCCUGACGGUGUGAGGAACCAGACGACGGCGGAUAGUGCUGUCUCUACCUUGGAUAUGCUGCGACAGGCAUCUCGACAUGCACAGUCAGCUAUUGAAACAGGGCUCUCAACCACACGGGAACUGCAGAUGCAGGGAGAGCAAAUGGAGAAGAUCAGUCAACAUCUGGACGAUAUGGAAGAAAACAUGAAAACGAGUGAUCGCACACUUCGGGGUUUCUCACGAAGAGCGAGAGUUAUAAAUUGGUUUAGGUCGAAACUGCGACAGAAGACAGAUCCUGAGGACGAAAAUACAGGUGUAGUUACCACUCUCAGUGCUCCUGUGGGUGCCCAGAUCUCUGUUCAACCCGAAAUACCAACAAAACAGAAGCAAGAAGAAAAAGUGGGAUGUUCUUCGCUUACUACGGAAGAAGAUAAAAUGAUUGAUUCAUUGAUAUACAAUGUUGGACUCCUGCGACAACAGGCCCUCCUACAAGGUGAACUUCUAGAUCAACAUAAUAGGCACCUUGAUGCUAUUACUACUAAAACUGAUGCCGUUCAUAAUCACGUGGCGAAAACUAGUAAAAAGGUCGCGAAACUAUCUUGA